GAAUCCCAAACAGGCCCUAUCUAGAAGAUAUAAAAAGUCUCUCAUCUGGUAAUCUUUCAUCUCUCAAUAGCGAUAUUAGGGUUACGAAAUUGGGGUUCGUGUAAGGAGUCGAAGUAGAGGGGAGAGAAGCGUUCUUGAAUCGGCGGCAGAGUUCACUGAGUGCAAAGUAGUAGUAUCACAAGUCUGCUUGCGAAGGCUUGUUUCGGUAACUGAAGGAAAAGAUAAGCAUGUGGUGUGGGGAGGGGUGUGAGAUUCCAAAGCCUAAGAAAUUCAUUGAGGGCUGUGCAAUUCCAAAGCCUGUGAAAUUUCUUAUUCCCAAGUCGGAGAACUUUGUUUGGCAAGAAUGGACAGAGGAAGGAUGUGAAAUUCCUAAGCCUGAGAAAUGCAUUGAGGGCUGUGCAAUUCCAAACCCUGAGAAAUUUGUUGAGGAGGGCUGUGCAAUUCCUAAGCCUGAGAAAUUCCUUACUCCGAAGCCUGAGAAAUUCCUUACACCGAAGUCCAAGAAAUUUGUUUGGGAAGAAUGCACGGUUGGCAGCCAAACAUUUGAGGAAGUCAAGCUAUCCGAGCAACUUAAACAUCAAAACAAGGAAAACAAAAAGAGAACAUGGGAGGAAAUUGUUCGGCAAGAAGGCUUCGCUGGCAGCCGAACAGUUGAGGCUUACAAUGAAAAAGUCAAGCUAUUCGAGGAAUUCGGACGUCGAUUCGAGGAAGAAAGGAAGGAAUGGGAAAAGACUCGUUCGAGGUUAUUCGAGGAAUUCAAGGAAGAUGUGAAGGAAUGGCAAAAGGCGUAUUUGAGUUGUGGAUAUGCUCGGCCAAAAUGCAUGGUUGGCAGCCAAACAUUUGAGGAAGUCAAGCGAUCCGAGCAACUUAAACAUCAAAACAAGGAAAACAAAAAGAAAACAUGGGAGGAAAUUGUUCGGCAAGAAGGCCCGGCUGGCAGCCAAACAGUUGAGGCUUACAAUGAAAAAGUCAAGCUAUUCGAGGAAUUUAGUCAUCAAAACAAGGAAAACUUCAAGAAAUGGGAACAGAGGUAUUCGAGGGAUGGAGUUGAAGUGCCAGAGAAAUUUGCUUGGCAAGAAUGCACGGAGGAGGGCUGUUUCAAUCCUAAGCCUGAGAAAUUUCUUAUUCCGAAGCCUGAGAAAUUCCCUACUCCGAAGCCUGAGGAAUUUGUUUGGCAAGAAUGCACUGUUGGCCGAGCAACAUGUGAGGAUUGCAUUGAAAAAGUCAAGUGCGUGAAUCAUCAAGUCGAGCAACUUGAACAAGAACUUGAAAUCGUGAAUAGAAGGAAAAAGAGGUGUUUGAGGGACGAAGUUGAAGUGCCGGAGAAGUUAUCGAGGUUGGCUGCUGGUGAUGGCAUCAGAAACAUCAUCCCCACUGAGCACAAGCGAGUGAAGUGAGAAGGAUAAAGGAUAGGAUGGGGGUUUGCUGUGAGGUGCUAAGGUUGGUUAAGAUCCAGGCUCAUUCAUUUCCCUUUUCACUGCCAAAGUUUCUUUCAGUAAUAUAUAUUUAACUGACACCUUUCUUUGGGGAGGUUUUAUUUUAUUAUUUUGGUAUGUAUUUUAUGUCACUUAUAUGGUGUUUACAUUUUAUUUGGGUUGAAAAGUUCUGAUUAAAAUGCCAUUUGUGUUUGAAUUUAACCAGAA